AAGUGUUUAAGCAGAGAAGACGGACAUUCUGUUACAUCAUAUGAUGGAUAUAUAUUUACCUUCAUGAAUUAUUAGUAUAUGUAUUAUAAGAAAUUAGACAAACAUUUUAAAAAUCCGUUAAAAGUUUAAAACUCGCUAUCAGUAAAUUAUGAUGAAUACAUUUAAGCGAAUUAAAAUUAUUCGAAAUUGUAAAUACUAGAAAGCAUUGUGUUGAUUACAGGACGUAUUAAAUGGAUGUAAACAGUUGAAUUUGUUGUCGACUAUUAUUGAUUAGUUUCAAAGAGUGUGCAUUUUUGUAAAACAUGGCGUUUGAUUAACACAUUUUUAAAUCGUGUGGUAUAUUACUCGAAAGCUACUAUCAACAUCAGAAACCCUAUAGAGACAUGUAUUCUGCGAUCCCAAAGGCGUGGAGGGAUGACUUCCCGAAGAAUGUGACAUUGGCGGAGCUGAAUAAUUCCCUCGUUGAGCUCCAUAUCCCCACAAUCAUCUUCAUCGCCAUCCUGAUGGUUGUCGGCGUGUUAGGCAACAUCCUCGUCGUCUACGUCUACACCUUCAAAUACUCACCGUCCACAUACCGCUCAUUUAUUUUAUGGCUGGGUUGGAUAGACCUCAUCGCCUGCACCGUUGGCAUGCCUUUAUUGAUUGUCAGUAUGUUGUAUCCGUACAUGUUCCCGUCCGAAGCAGCGUGUAAGUCUCUCAGAUUCUUACACGUGUUUUUCGUCGUGGCUUCGGCGUUUAUUGUUAUAGGAAUUGCAAUAGAAAGACACAGAAGAAUCUGCUUCCCGUUUUCAGCAGAAAUAACCCCGACAAAGAUUAAAAUAAUGUGCUUUGUAGCUUCUGCUCUUGGAUGUGUAGUAGCUUUACCCGCCAUUUUUGUGUACGGUGGCGCAUCAGUUGAUACAGGGGUUCAUGGAAUUAAUGGAACCGAAUGCUUCAUUGACCCAAAGAUGAAAGAAUCGAAAUUGCCACAAGGUUACUUUUUGUUCCAGUUACUGAUCACCGUUAUAUCUAUGGUUAUUAUGGGAGUAUUCUACUUCCGAAUUGGAAGGACGAUAGUGCUCAGCCAUAAGUUUAUUCGUGAAAAUACAUACAGUGGCAUGAAUAGCAAUACGAGUGGGAAAAAGGAGUGUCAAAAGCUGGGUGACUCUAUUCAUGAACAGGAUGAACAAGAAUCGGAGGACAAUAACCCCGAUUCAGCUCUUGAGGUACAAUCGCGCAACACGCGAGAGACGACACCGAACGGAACGUCGUUGGUCAUCGGAACUGAAAAGCAAGAUGCGUGUAAAAACAAACUUAACAUGGCUGUCAAAAUCAAAGAUUGCUCAAAAUCAUCUAGUCCGGUCAUUGCAGUCCAAACUGCGGACAAAAGAAAUCCCAAUCAUGCAAGCAAACUGGAAUCUAACCGGAGUUCAGUGGGCAUCAAGGGACCAAGUCUGCGGACGAAGCAAGUGACCUUAAUGUUGUUCAUUAUUACCGUUGUGUUUGUGGUAAGCUUUAUCCCCCACUUAGUUCUCAUGGUGACGAUUUCCAUAAAACCCGAUUUUCUAAAGGUGGUGUCUCCGGCUGGUAUUGCAGUGUAUAAUCUCUUUCUCCGAUCCUUUGUGAUCAACAACAUUGCAAAUCCAAUCAUCUACGGAUUCUGCGACAAGAAAUUCAGAGGAGAAUGUGCUACUGUGGCCUGCAACGUGCUUACCUUUGGAAGGAUAAAAUAGAUUUCAUAUUCUGUAUCUAGUCUUACGUUUAUUAACUGUAAACGUCAUACAAGUUAUCAGAAAUAAGUUACCGCCGAUUUAAACAUUUAUUUUUAUGAUCUGUUCUCUUUGAAUUAUAUUUAACAAUUUAAAUAACCUAUCCAUUAAUAUUAACAUAUUAGUAUUAAUUUAAAUACUGACCUUCACAUAAGAAACAGAGUUAAAUCAUUAGUAUUGAUGCACAUUUCACGUCACAUUAAUUACUAUAUGGAAUGGGGCUAAAAUCAGACCUUUAGUAAGACAUUCAUUCUAUUUAUUUUUCUUGAUUUACAACAUCUCCAUGUGUAUAUAUUUGCAAGUGUUUACGUUUGUAGCAAAGCGAAUACAAAAGAUGACCGAAUUAUAUGAGAGUUGUUUGUUCCUGAACGAUCGUCCUUUCAUGUUAUAAACCUCAAUAAAACAAUUAGUUGAAGACAUUCACUUUCAAUUCUCCAUAACUUUUAAAGGGACACGCCUAGAUUCGACUGAUAAGGAACAACCACAAUGACUGGCAAGUAAUUGUUAUGUAUAUAUGUGCAAAUCAGAAAGCUGUUGUUGUUGUAUAUAUCCAAACCGGAUAUGACCGGAAUGUUUUUAUAAGGAAUAUUGCCUUGCUUGCGAAUUGUAUAAGUAGUAUACAUUGUAUCUACUUAUAUGAGUAUUAUGAAUUGAUAUAAUUAUGCUCACUAUAUAAAUGGUUACACAUUUGUGUUAUAUUUGCUUUUAUAUUGGAAAAGAGGUCGGAAAUGGUCGAAUAAGGUCGGAUAAUAGCGGAAGGCAUUAAGUAUUCAGUCAGACAUUUGUAAUUAUGCGUAUAUUUAUUGUGUUGUAUAUUUGAGUUCUGGCCCUGUAUUCAAUUCCGUUGUGCACCAUGCUUCAAUAAGCACAGAUGAUAUUCGUUUGUAUAAUAGUGUUACGUUUUAAUGUGAGAGGCAUCUAAAUGGAAUUGGAAGAUUGGUAUUCAGUAUAUAUUGUGUUCCGCUACUUAUGAUCCGCAUUCUGCUAAAAUAGGUCUUAUGCGAUACCCAUGUUCAAAUGAUGAGGCUUAUAGGUUAAGCAUUAGUUUGUUACCAAUGAAAUUGAUGGGUUUAGUAUGCAUAGCUUUUUAAUAACAAAAACUACUAUAGUUAGAGUCGCUGACUAAGUGUACGCAAUAACACUAUACAUAAAAAAGUUUGCCAUGUUAAAUUUGAUAUUGACUGCUUCAUGCGAAUAAUCGAGGCUUCUGGCCAGUCGGCUCGAACUAUCCCUGCCCGCUUUAAGGUUAAUCGGUUACAUAAGCGGACAGCGUAGCUCAUCGUCAGUCUGUACGAAUGCACGAGCUGGUUUGAAGGUACACUGACUGUAUAUUGCUUAAGACCCAUAUGCCGCAGGUCAUAUUAUAUUGUUAGAAUUUGGUACAAAAUUAUAUGCGUUGUGCAUAUAUUUUGCUCUUGGCACAUAUAAUAAAUGGUGUUAAUGUAGAAAAACGUAAACAUGUUGAGCCAAUAUAACACUUUCGUGUAAAUGAACGUCUAUUGUGUAAAGUCGCUUGAUAGUUUAUAACAAUAAUAAAACAAAUAAGUUGAUUAAUUUGUAUAGUUUUUAUUUAUCGAGGCGCUUUUUCUAUCCCAAGAGGCCGAUAUUGAUGUUGCGUUUCGAACACACGUUUGGGGUUGCAUUUAAAAUCAUUAUAUAUAUGUAUAUAUGUUGAUGAUGUUUGCCUACACAUCAGAGGAUCCCGGAGAAGAUUGGUCAUGGAAUGGUUUUUACUGCCCCUUUCCCCUACCUUUGAUUUAAGGAGGACAGCGGUCAUUUACUGGCAUAAGUGUGUUCAGUAAGUAUUGGCAGUUAAGCUAACCCACAAAAUUUGUGAUAUGUCUGAAAACUGUUUAAAUUGCGAAACAUCCAACUAAAGCAAACACUGUAACAGUAUUAAUGGAAACCUAGUCUUUUGAGUUUUAUGAACUAUUCUACAUACAUGAUAUCGAAUAUUUGUUCAUUGAAUGCUAGUCUCAAAGAUAUACUUGUUUGUCAUAGAAUGUAUUAGUCAAAGAUUGUUGUUAAUUAAUUGUUUUGGAACAAUGUGCGAUUCGUCCAACUAUUUCAUGAGCCAGAUUACCGUACAUGAUUUAUUUGACGAAAAGUUUUUGAUAUAUUCAUACAAACCUCUGCCACGAAGCAGAAUGCUUGUGGAUCAAAUACUGUUUUAUUCAAAUGUAACUCUUCAAGUAUUUCCGCCGAACGUGAGCUUGAAACGCCGAUUACAAUGAGUUUUAAAUACCGAUGUCCUCACCUGUCUUGUGCUUAGAAUGGGAUAACAAAUAUUGACAUA